AUUUUAUCUUUUAUUAAUAAUUCAGAAAAAAAUUUGAUAACAUUUUCCAAUGAAGAUUUUCUCAACGAGAGCGAGAAUAAAGUUGCAUGAGACAAGUCAUUUAUAAAACCAUUUGCUAUAACAAUAAUCUGUUAUUAGCGUAAUGAGAUAAAUUACAUUUUUGUGUUAGAUAAGCAGCAAUGCGCUUAGAAAUUUAUGUGCGAGAAUUGCAUGCAACAUUGUUAAUAUAUGUGUGAAAAUCAUAGAAGCAACAUGACGCGGAUCAGCGUUGUUUUUACACUAUUAUGUGUUCUGUGCAAUAUAAUGUCUUCCUUUGCUUUUGUUUUCGAGGACUGCGGGUCGGAAAUAGGCAAGGUUAAUGAGAUCUGGAUUUCAACUUGUGAGGUGUCCAAUAAGAAAUGCUUGUUAACUCGUGGCAAGGACAUACAUGUAAAAGUAAAAUUUACACCAAAUAAAGAUAUUUUGAACAUGAAAGUAUAUGCAUUUGGCAUGUUGCUCGAUGAGCUUAUACCCUUUUCCAUAGAAAAUUUUAACGCAUGUAAACAUCCAGAAUCUGGAAUUAAAUGUCCUUUAAAAAAGAAUCAAGAGACUCAUUACAAAGCUACAUUCACUGUGGAGAAGAAAAUUCCCUCGUUGAGCGUUGACGUUAUAUGGGAAUUUAAAAACGAGAAGAACGAAAAAAUUAUGUGUGUAAAAUUUCCGGCGAAAAUCAUGUAAGAAUGCAGCUGGCAUUUUUGUCGUAAUAUAUUAUCUCAGCUUAAUAUUUAAGUUUAAAUAAGUUGCCUAUAUAGAUUAGUUCUUAAAUAACGAAUCUCGCAGCGUAUGUUGAUGUAAACUGAUUAAAAUUAUAAAGAUAAUAAAGGAUAAAAAAAUUCUUCAAA